GGCACGCUUGCUCUCGUUUCAGGGCUGCAUUCACUCAGGGUGAAACUUCUGAGGCGUGCAUGUUGCAUUGACUUUGUUUGGGUGGGUUUUUUUCUCCCCCAGCCCCUUCUCAGCUGGCAGCCAUGACUCUUCGAGCUCUUUUAUGUGGUUCCCUGGUUUGUUGUCUGCUCUUUAAUGGCACUGCUGGUUUAUCAGUGAAAAAAGUUUACGGAGCUGGACAAACCCCUAACGCGCAGAACCCACUGGCUGCUGAAGACCCUGCCAAUGUCUGGCAACCUGCCCCACGCACACUUUGGGCUCCUGAUGCAGAGGGGCCCAACAUGAGUGGAUACUCUGCACCGGCGGCGCCUCGUAGCGCUCCCGAGUACCUGCCGAGCAACCCGGGGCAGUCUCCUCGCCGCUUCUAUCCGCGGCCAAGCGGGUCGAAUGCGGCGCAGUCUGGUCCUGGCCAUCGAAACCAGAACGGAGGCCGCAACGAUCCCGUCUUUGAGAGCGUCUAUCAAGUCCACCUCGAGGGGUCUCCGGUCUUAAAUUACCCCCCCUUCGGAGGUGUCCGACCUGCAUACCCAUCUGAGACUGGGUGGCCCUUCAAAGUUCCAAGAGACCCCUCGCCCGGCGCCCCCGUCUGGCCUCCGCACGAUGACGAUGAAGAGGACGAGCUCGAGGAUGAGCUGGAACCAGAGGAGUCGCCGACCUACGUGGUCAAGUCCAGAAAUGGCCACGAGCGAGGCGGCUUUGUGUUCACCAAAGCCAGCUACACUCCUCGAGUGGUGCACCCACUGGCUGGGUACCCCUACUACUACUAUGCCAAGAAGCGCCAUGCAGCCAACUGAGGGCGUGCACUGAAUUUGUCUUCAUUUUGUAAACUUUUCUCAUGUGAAUUAAAACGUGCACUUUUCACA